CGGGGGAGGUCCCCCGCGCUUUAAAAUAAUGCCCGCGGCGCCCGCGCGACCAUGCAAUGGCGAGCGCUCGUCCUGGGGCUGGUGCUCCUCCGGCUUGGCCUCCAUGGAGUGCUGUGGCUCGUCUUCGGGCUGGGGCCCAGCAUGGGUUUCUACCAGCGUUUUCCGCUCAGCUUCGGCUUCCAGCGCCUGAGGGCCCCCGACGGCCCCGAGUCGCUUGCCUUGGGGCCCGCCGGCCGACCCGGGCCGCCCGGGGGGCCGUCGGGGCCGUCGUGGCUGCAGCCGCCCGUCCCUGGGGCGGCGGCGGCGGCGGCGGCGGCGGCGGGACGGCGGCGGGCUCCGCGGCGGCCGGAGCCGGGAGUGUGCGGGCCGGCCCACUGGGGCUACGUGCUGGGCGGCCGGGGCCGCGGCCGGGACGAGUACGAGAAGCGCUACAGCGGCGCCUUCCCGCCGCAGCUGCGCGCCCAGAUGCGCGACCUGGCGCGGGGCAUGUUCGUCUUCGGCUACGACAACUACAUGGCGCACGCCUUUCCCCAGGACGAGCUCAACCCCAUCCACUGCCGCGGCCGAGGGCCUGACCGCGGGGACCCUUCAAAUCUGAACAUCAAUGAUGUCCUGGGGAAUUACUCAUUGACUCUUGUGGAUGCACUGGAUACACUUGCAAUAAUGGGAAAUUCAUCUGAGUUCCAGAAAGCAGUCAAGUUAGUGAUCGACACAGUUUCAUUUGACAAAGAUUCCACCGUCCAAGUCUUUGAGGCCACAAUCAGGGUCCUAGGAAGCCUCCUUUCUGCCCACAGAAUAAUAACUGACUCCAAGCAGCCCUUUGGUGACAUGACAAUUAAGGAUUAUGAUAACGAAUUACUGCACAUGGCCCAUGACCUGGCUGUGCGCCUCCUGCCGGCCUUUGAGAACACCAAGACAGGGAUCCCCUAUCCUCGGGUGAAUCUAAAGACAGGUGUUCCUCCUGACAGCAAUAAUGAAACGUGUACAGCGGGCGCCGGUUCCCUUCUGGUGGAAUUUGGGAUUCUGAGCCGACUCCUGGGGGAUUCUACAUUUGAGUGGGUGGCCAGACGUGCUGUGAAAGCCCUUUGGAACCUGCGGAGCAAUGAUACAGGAUUAUUAGGCAAUGUGGUGAACAUUCAGACGGGCCGCUGGGUUGGAAAGCAGAGCGGCUUGGGCGCUGGCCUGGACUCCUUCUAUGAAUACCUCUUGAAAUCUUACAUUCUCUUUGGAGAAAAGGAAGACCUCGAGAUGUUUAAUGCUGCGUACAGGAGUAUUCAGAACUACUUAAGAAGAGGCCGGGAAGCCUGUAACGAAGGAGAAGGAGACCCGCCGCUGUAUGUGAAUGUGAACAUGUUCAGCGGGCAGCUGAUGAACACUUGGAUCGACUCUCUGCAGGCCUUCUUCCCCGGACUGCAGGUUCUGAUAGGAGAUGUGGAAGAUGCCAUCUGCCUCCAUGCCUUUUACUAUGCCAUCUGGAAACGCUACGGGGCCCUCCCUGAGAGGUACAACUGGCAGCUCCAGGCCCCCGACGUGCUCUUCUACCCGCUGAGACCCGAGUUAGUGGAGUCCACGUAUCUUCUCUACCAGGCAACCAAGAAUCCCUUCUACCUCCAUGUAGGAAUGGAUAUUCUGCAGAGUCUGGAAAAGUACACAAAAGUCAAGUGUGGUUAUGCAACGUUGCAUCACGUCAUAGACAAAUCCAAAGAGGACCGGAUGGAGAGCUUCUUUCUCAGUGAGACGUGUAAAUACUUGUAUCUGUUAUUUGAUGAGGAGAAUCCAGUCCACAAGUCUGGAACCAAAUACAUGUUUACAACUGAGGGACACAUUGUAUCUGUGGAUAAACAUCUUCGGGAAUCACCCUGGAAGGAAUUCUUUUCUGAAGACGGAGAGCAGGACCAAGAAGGGAAGUCUGUGCACAGGCCUAAGUCACCCGAGUUAAAAGUCAUCAACUCCAGCUCCAACUGCAAUCGUGUUCCUGACGAGAGGAGAUACUCGCUGCCCUUAAAGAGCGUCUACAUGCGGCAGAUCGACCAGAUGGUUGGCUUGAUUUGACCCUCCUCUGUGCGGCCUCCGCUGAGACUGGCUGGAGGCAGCUGAGACCGCGUUGUGCAGAGGUCCAGUCUGAAGUGGAGGACGGUGGACGUCGGGCCAUCCGUGAUGGUGUGGGGAUUUCUGUCCAGCUCCUCACGCACGUCUAGCAGAGUCUUGCAUACAGUAGUGUUUCUCUUCUAUUCAAUAAAAUGUCCUGUUUUUCUUAAUGGUAAAAUUUGAAGUAAGAAGGUGCGUAGACGUUGGCCUCCUAGGACAUGCUGAUUUUAUAAGCACAGUGUGGAUGGGGCAUCUUCAGAUGGACUUUCAUGGCUUCCCACUUUGGAAUCCAACAAGUGUGUUCCAGUCUCCAGCACUUGCUGUGACUGCAGUAUUGCUACCUCUCUGUUAGAGGACUGUGAACGAAAUUUCCGUGUAAAGGGCCUGAGGUUCAUCCCUAUUUAUUGCAUUUUGUUAUCUUUCUCUCUUAUUAGAUGAUUGGCUCUCCUUCCACCCAUUAUUUUGGAUCACAGUGGGGGAAAUCAUACUGUUUUUCAUUUGCAUCCCACAUAAUUGUCACAGUAUUACAAGUUAAUUGCUUAUGAAUAACUUUUACCUGAAUCUCAAAAGGCAGUCUUUUAGGUUGUCACACAGCUAGAUCUUUUAGAUGGUAUAUUACAUUUAAUCUGAACUUACCUGAGGAACUCCCAUAGUGCCAGAACCAGGUGCCUUUUAGGGAGAGAAAAAUACCUAAGAAUGUCUGAGCUUCCAUCUUUCUCAUACCUACUAACCAAGGAUUCUCAAUUCUGACCGUGUUUGAGUUAGAAUUUUGUUUUGUUUUUGUUUUCUCUGUCCAGUGCCAAUUAGCUAAGUCAGGGAGAAAGAAAUGAUCAGAUGACUCUCUGGCAUCCCCGAGCUGUUUUUCUGUACUACAGUCUUUAGCUUAGUGCCUUAUGGGAUUUUGGUUGGGGCUGCUGCUUGUCACAGCUGCGGCUCUGGUUUUAGCAGCCUUGUUUUGUGUUGUCACAGGGUGGGACCACAGUGAAAAAGGGGAAGGGAUGAGUAUCAGUAAGAUUCUGGAAAAUUCUUGGUCAGUCCUUGCCUUUCAGCCUGAUAUUUUAAGCAAACCUACAUUAGGAGGAAGUUGCGCCACAUUGUCUUCUUUCUUUGUUGUUAUUUUCUUAGCCAGAACAGAGCAUCUCUGUUUGAACUUAGACUGAAUGCUCCUACAGAGCAGAGGUGGACGUGAACCCUUAGCCUGGCUUCCAUAGAACGUCUGAGGUUGAAAUGAAUCCUGGUACAAAGGGUAGAAGUCUUUUAAGAACCUCCGAUCUCACCUGUCGUUACUUGCACAGCCUUACCGUGCUUACCUGUCUCUCCUUGCACACUUCAAAUGAUUUCCUCUUCAUCUUCUUAAAACCAGAAAUGUGGUCUGAGCCAUUGUAUACCAAUCAAAGGGAGAAGUUUUAUUCCUUCUUGAAAAUUUCAGUGUUACUGUGUUUUUUUUUUUCUUUCUUUUUUUUAAA